GUUCGUCGAUGCCCAACCGCACAACGCCAACCCAACCCGACCUAAUGGACGAGGGCGCCUGCAGAGCACCGGUGCGUCCAAGACCCACUGUGGAGAACAUCACACGAGGAGUGUCAAACAUGCAGGCACACAACGAUGGCGGCGACGACGAUGGCAGUGGCGGUGACGAUGCCGACGAAGGAUUCAGGGAGGACGUGGAAGCAGGGGACGACGACGACGACAUUCCUAUUCGGCCUUCGGGGAGGGGGAAAGGACGCAGCAGAGGUGUUGUUCGUGGUCGAUCCGUUGGCCGUGGCGGCAGAGGUGGCGUCGGCGACGACGGCGGGAAGUCUGCGACGUACUGGUCUACGGACGACCAAAUGCUCCUGGUGAGAUGCAAGCGGGAGCAAGAGAUGCACCUCGCCGGGUUGGGUCACAAUUACAGGCGGAUGCGGACCAAGGAGUGGAAGUGGGACGACAUUGCGAAGCGCAUGGCGAACGCGGGGAGGCCUAAAGACGCCGACGACUGCAUGAAGAAGUGGGGCAAUCUGUUCCAAAACUACAAGAAGAUGCAGAGGUUUCAGAAUGCCAGCGGUCAGGCAGAUUUCUUCAGGCUAUCGAAUGAAGAAAGGAAGGAGCACAACUUCAAGUUCCGGAUGGAGAGGGUGCUGUACAACGACAUCCACGCAGGCAUGCUGGGGAACCAUACAAUUUUCCCUCCCAACGUCGCUGACAUCGCCAGUCCGGACGGGGUGCAACUGCCCAGGCGAGGAGCAGCUGGUGGGGAGUCUGUUGGUAGUGAGGCCGAAGGCUUCCUUGAAGAACGUUCUGCUGCGAGGGACUCCGACAACGACGCAGGCAGUGGGGCUGGAGGCGGGAAGCGGAAGAAUGCACGUCAACAGGCGUUGGAGUCGAUCGCUGAUGUGAUGGACCGCCAUGGCGAACUGAUGUCGUCGACAAUCAAUUCGUCUAGCAAGCGGCAAUGCAACAUAUUCACAAGGCAAUACGACAUACUUGAGGAGGAAGUUGCAGUCCAAAAAGCGCAUUAUGCGGCGUUCGAUGAGACGCAAAGAGAGACGUACCUCGCCACGACCUUCGUCGCCGCGCUGUCCUGGAGGUCCCCCCGUCAUUCGCUCACCACUUCCCGCACGUCUCCAUCAGCAGACACCUCUUUGCCAUCGCCGUGGUCGAUCGUCUUCGGAAGCGGGACAAUCCUCUCCAAGGUCGUCGUGCGCGAGUUCUUUCUCCACUGCUGGUCAUCGGCGGGUCGCCUUCACAACGUGAGACUCCACAGUGUUGCCAUGGCUCCGAGGGAAGGAAGCGUCGCUCGCGGGCGCGGUAAGAAACGUGAUGCCCUCGAUGGGGAGGUGGUGGUCGGGUCAGGAGGAGGGCGGCCUGUAGCAAAGGCGAAACGGAGCCCCCAAGACACCACGUUGACUAGCGGCAAGCAAGUGAAGGGUGACUGGUGGGGGAGACCAGGCGCCGGCGAUGUGAACGACGUGUCGACGAACCCCACUCCUGAAGUUUCGCUGCCCGUUAUGCCUACCAGUGUUCACGGGCCUGCGCUAACGUCCGAGUCGUCGGUGGCUCGGACACGGGAGGAGCGCAUCAUCAACAUUGAUGUCGACGAAGCCGCGCGGGUAGACCAUGGCGAAGGGGGUGCGACGAUCGCACCUGUAAAGACGCCGCAAGGGGCUAUGGCGGCGACGCCGCGUCAGCAAUAUGCAGGCGGAAGGCAAGCAGGUGCUGCGGGCGACGCAGGCGCGGCGGGAGAUUCGGUGCAGGCCCAAGUCGCGGGUGCUAACGUCGAACACGUGGCAAUCACACCGCGUGCAACGGGAGGGGAGGAGUGCAGGCGAAAGGAGGCGGCGAGGGCUGUGGACCGGGCGCGUGUGGAGAAGAAAAAGGCAACGGAUGAUGACGAACCGCUCGUGAACAGGGUAUCCAAUGUGACGAUGACGAGGCUCACGGAUGCAGCGCAGUUGCAGGGAGCGCUGAGUCAGGCAUCAAAAUGCCAAAACAUGGCGAUGCGGGUUUUGCAUGGAUGGGUCUUCAAGUCGGGGUGCAAAGAGAGGGGAGACACUCUCGCCUUCCAGUACGUCCUCGAAUCAGUGGCCACCGACUUCGCGCGUGCAAUGUGGCAUGGGGAGGAGUGGAGCAACGUCGAGAGCCCUGCCAUUUGCUCGCACACGCUGGAGCUGGGGAUGGAGCUGUGGUACGCAGGUGCGCAGAUUGAAGACAGGCCAAAGGACGACGACAUGGCGGUUUACCAGGAGGCGACUGUGACAAGACUCAUCGCUGCUUUCAGCGCGGCGGUUGAAAUGGGGCAGUCAAUUGACGGCGGAAGCAUCACUCCCGAACGUCUGUCCCGCGUGGUGGAGAGCUUCAAGGUCAUUUUGGCUGCGUCGAUGUGGAUCAUGCGAAUGUUGGGAGAUGACCACAGGUCCCACUACGAAGCUUUUACUUCAGCAACCUCGUCGCGAAACCCGACGGUCGGCCCGCACUACGGCGCACGGCAUGGCACGGCGACGACGGCCAUGAUGAAGGCCAACCUUGUGCGGGGUGGAACGAAGAGGAUGAUCCCGCCGGCGUUGUCGACGAUGAUGAUGACGACAAAGACGACGCAUAGGAUGAUGAUGAUGAUGGUGACGAUGAUGAUGAUGAUGAUGAUGACAAUGAUGAUGUUGAUGAUGAUGACGACGACGAUGAUGAUGGUGACGAUGAUGAUGAUGAUGACGAUGAUGAUGGUGAUGACGACAACGACGUUGAUGGUGAUGAUGAUGAUGAUGACGAUGAUGAUCUUGUCCAUCGUGUAUUUCGUGCGAGUGCGGCAGUGCUCGCCGGUGUGAAUAUGCUCGGCAAGACGGCC